AUGAGUCAACACCACCACAAUGGCCACAGGAAAGCACACAAGAAAGUCAGGAUUAACAGGGCGAGGAAGAGGCAGAGUUUGGUGACGACGUCUGCUGCGUUGCGGCUGUUUAUUGUGAUGGCUGCUACGGUGUCUCUUGUCCACACCCUGGCUCUCCCGGCCCCUGCUGACACCCUGCCUCUCCAGGCCCCUGCUGAUACCCUGCCUCUCCCGGCCCCUGCUGACACCCUGCCUCUCCCGGCCCCUACUGACUCCCUGCCUCUCCCGGCACCGGCUGACACCCUGCCUCUCCCGGCCCCUGCUGACACCCUGCCUCUCCCGGCCCCUGCUGAUUCCCUGCCUCUCCCGGCACCGGCUGACACCCUGCCUCUCCAGGCCCCUGCUGAUACUCUGCCUCUCCAGGCCCCUGCUGAUACUCUGCCUCUCCAAACCCCUGCUGAUACCCUGCCUCUCCCGGCACCGGCUGACACCCUGCCUCUCCCGGCCCCUGCUGAUACCCUGCCUCUCCAGGCCCCUACUGACACCCUGCCUCUCCAGGCCCCUGCUGACACCGAGCUUGUUAAUAUCGUGCCUGAUGGCAUAGUACCUGAUGGCAUGGUGACUGUUGACAUGGAGUUAGUUGACAUGAUUCCUACUAACACUCUGCCUGUUGGCACGGUGCUUGCUGAUAUCCUACCGGUUGAAACGUUAUCUGCUGGCACCCUGCCUGCUGACAUGGUACCUGCUGAUCCAUCAUCUGGUGACUCAUCGCCUGCUGAUCCAUCACCUGAUGACCCAUCACCUGCUGAUCCAUCACCUGCUGACCUGACAACUGCCUACCUGUUUCCAUCUACUCUGCCCUCAACUUAUCCAACUCGUCAAGGUAUGUGUUAUCAUGUUAUGAACAAGGCUGUUCUUCAUAAUUUAAAAUAA